AUGUCCAGCCGUGGUAAAGGAGGAAAAACAAAAACCAAGGGAAAGUCUCGUUCCCUUAAAGCUGGAAUCCAAUUUCCGGUCGGUCGUAUUCAUAGACUUCUAAGAAAAGGUAACUAUGCAGAACGUGUUGGAACUGGUGCUCCAGUUUAUUUAGCUGCAGUUAUGGAAUAUUUGGCUGCUGAAGUUCUGGAAUUAACUGGAAAUGCAGCACGAGACAACAAAAGAUCUAGAAUUAUUCCACGACAUGUUCAACUUGCUAUCCGUAAUGACGAAGAAUUGAAUAAAUUAUUGGCUGGAGUCACUAUUAGCGAAGGAGGUGUUCUACCAAACAUUCAAGCGGCACUUCUACCAAGGAAAACUGAAAAGAAAACAUAA